AUGAUUAAAUUCGUGGCUAUCAAGUCCGCAAGAAGUUUUGGCAGGUGCCAUAAUUGUCGAAGACGGAAAAAGAGCUGUGAUAAACAAACGCCUCGAUGCAGCUCUUGUGUUCAGCGGAACAUUGAAUGUGUCUAUCCGGACAAAAGAACUCAUGCUCGAUCGUCGGUGGCAUCGCGCAGUAUGUGCGAGGUCAUCAACAGCCAACUACUACCACAGAGACCGCUUGACCCUCUAAAUACAAUGCUGAAUGAUGUCGAGAGACAAUAUCUUCAUAAUGUGAAACAAUAUGUAUUAUCUUCCGUUAAACAUCAUCAAGCUUUGAAGUUUCUACUCCCACUGGCUCACGAUAACAAGCCGGUACUAUACGCUUUAUGUUCAUGGGGCGCAUCACUACGUCCGGAAGAUUUUUCCAAAGGAUCUUCCUUGCUAAUGAAGUCGAUGCGCUUAUGCAAUCAGCUUUAUGGAGAAGUUGUAAAAUCGGAAGUCAACGUUUCACAGCAAAAGCUUCUUGAGCUAGUUGCGAGCCUGACCAGUCACGUUAUAGUUGGGUCUUCUAUAGGAAGCUCUUUUGCCUGGGGCUCAAACUUCUUUAAACUGUGCAUAGUUUACAAGAAGUUUGGGCUUCGUGCGCUCAAGGAAAAUCCUACAAAUACUGACUUUACUACCUGGCUACUUCGCUCUUUCUUUUACCAUGAUGUGCUGAAGCUCACUUCAAGGAGAAACUUCAAAACUGCGUUUCCGUUGUCAGAAUAUAAAAGAAUUUUGGAUCACGAGAACAGCCUCAAAGGAGAAGUUUCAAUGGACCAGUACAACCCUUUGAUGGGCUGUUGCGUGGAACUAUUCUUGCUUUUAGCAGAGCUUAACAACUUUUACGACGAAUACAGCAGGCGAGUCGAGGCAGUCUUUGAAUACUACAAUCGGCUGAAUCCCCUGCUUGAUACAAAUGAUACAAAUGCACAGUAUGAGAUUAUCACAGGUCCUGAGUAUCUCGAAUAUGAAAGUGCGCGUAUAGAGUUUCAUGAUUGGCUUGAUAAUCAAAGCAGGACUCUGAUGGACAAGAUCACAUCCGCAAAGCCAAACCUACCAAACAUUGCCAGCCUGGAAGACGUUCAACAGAAUGAGAUUUUGUUGACAUACUUUGAAGCAACACAGGUCACAUUGCAGCUAUUUCUUCUCUCUAAAAUCCGUCGCAUGUCUUCUCUUGAUUAUGAAGUUAAAGGCCUUAUGCUUCAUUUGUUCAGUGCUAUGAGAGUUUUACUAAACUCGAGCCUAAAUCCUUAUUUAUCCUUUCCUUUGUUGAUAGCUGGAGUGGUUGCUGCGGAACGCCACGACCGAUUAACAGUGAAAAUGUUAUAUCUGGGAAUUUUGAGCCGCAGCGGGGAAACGAACAUACAGCGGAUCUGGACGAUAAUUGAGGAAUUGUGGAAACUGAAUCCGGAUGGAAAUAGGCACCUAGAUUGGCAGAGCGUUAUUGAUCAGUUGGGCUAUAACAUUUGUGUCUGGUAA